GUGAAUCGGAGAUGGUCCAGGCAUGCGGUAUAAGAAACGCCGCCUUGCCCGGGAGCCAACUGCCGGCCGCGAUCGCCGUUCGGGAAUCCCGAAGGGGUUGGAAACUCACAACGUCGUUCUUUAAUCAAGCCCGUCCUCGCCGAUUCGUAUCCCAUCGCCAAUCUAAUACACGCUCCCAUGUCGCCGUCAAUAGCUACGUUAAGGACUGACGUCUAUGGGUUGGUGAGCCCCGAUGCGCUUCGUGGUUCUCUCGCUGGCAAAGUCGCUCUUGUUACGGGAUCCAGCCGCGGCAUCGGGAAGCACAUUGCUCGCGCACUCGCUGAAGCCGGGGCUUCGGUGGCCGUGACUGGACGCGAUGAGGCGUCAGUGAAGAGUGCUUGUGCGGACAUUUCCCAGCACCAGACGCCAUGUGCUCCGUUCGUGGCCGAUGUGCUCAAUGAGCGUGAUCUGGAGCGUUUGGUAAAAGAGGUCGAGACGCAGCUUGGACCAAUCGACAUUCUCAUCUUGAAUGCCGGCACCAACAUGUUCAUGCCGUUUCAUCUCCACGAAGCGGAUUCCUGGUGGCACAUGAUGGAGCUCAACGUCCGCGCUCCCGUGGCGCUCACCCGACUCGUCUUGCCUGGGAUGAAGCAGAGGAACUCAGGCACCAUACUCUACAUCAGCAGCCGCGCUGCCUUAGCUGACCUUCCCUGGACGACGGCGUAUAACUGCUCGAAAGCGGCUCUUUUGCGAUUUGCCGGCUCGCUCUCAGCGGAACUCGACUUUCUCCAGAAAAGGGACGGAUUCGAGAAGAAUGGAAUUCAAAUCUUCUCCAUCCACCCUGGCGAGAUCAACACGGACUUGCACAAGACUUCGAAACCGGAGAAUCUCCGCUCCGAUGCGCCGUAUGUUCUCGAGCUCUUGGAGAAGCUGUCAGCAAACAGACCCACGUUCUCGCCGCAGCUGCCGGCUUGGUCGGUGGUGUAUCUCGCAGCGGGGAAAGCGCCGGAGUUGCGUGGUCAGUACGUCGAUUGCACUCGAGAUCUCGAAGAGACUGCAAGAAAUGCUCGAGCGAGCAAGUGUUAGAGCGUGCUCCUUUCUAUAGUACAAAAGAGUCGCUGAGAUGUGAUCAACGCCGGACUAUUCCCAUCGUGUCAACACUAUCGUAGAUUUUGAGUCAGUGAGGCAGGUGUCCGUCGGUCUGAGACAACAUAGCCUCCAUCUCCCAGCUCGCUGCUCCCGCGUGCUCCCUCGGUUCUUGGACAGCGUUACACUGCUCUUCUUUCCCUUGCAGGAACAUGCCUCGGUGCCUUGUUAGUACUCAGAGUACGGAAGAUACGCUUGCCGAUUGUUCUUCAACGAGUGCGAAGAAAGUGUGCAUACACUGCCCUGGACGACGAGAAGAGGGAAUGGUCAGAAGAGACCGGUCUUCUUCGUCAGAC